AUGACUUGUUCAACAAAGUUCUUAAUUCUAAAGACUUGUGAUGGCAAGGAAUUUGUACUCGACGAGGCGGUAGCCGUGAGGUCACAAGCCGUCAAGAACAUGGUGGAAGACGAUUGUGUUUCAAAUGUCAUUCCCUUGCCUAAUGUCCAUAGCAAAAUAAUGACCAAAGUGAUUGAAUACUGGAAGAAACAUUCAGAAGAAGGCAUCUCGAAAGACAUGUUGAUGGAUUUUGACAAGAAUUUCGUGAAGGUGGAUCACUCGAUUUUGCAUGAUCUUAUCUUAGCUGCUAAUUUUCUUAACGAUAAGGAGAUGCUGGAUGCAAUGUGUCAAGAAGUUGCGGAUAGAAUCAAAGGUAAAUCUCCAGAGAAAAUACGUGAAGAAUUUAACAUCAAGAAUGAUUUUACUCCAGAGCAAGAGGACGAAAUCCGUAAAGAGAAUGCUUGGGCUUUUGAAUAA